AUGCGCGCGCUCCAAUUAAGGAUGCGCACCACCUGCCGGAACGGCCCCGACUUUCAAUUAGUCCCUCAACCUGGCUUAAUCAACAUUCCGUUUCGACUACUUGUGAUAACUGGAACUAGCCUUCCAUUUUUCGGUGUCAUUAUAUGUACAUUUCUCUCAGUUUUUUCCUCGUUCGACGAGGUGACAGAGUCUGUUUGUGGGGUCUCUAAUUUUGUCCCCUCUAUCAGUGCAGUAACAGGUAUAACUCCACAGAUUUACUUAUGGAGGUAUGCGAUUGGUCUACACAGUGCUCCCCGGUUACUGCUUGCCGCUACAUACUAUCAGUACCACAAGUUUCUUCUUCGCCGCUGUGAUCACCCCUGUUGUGGCACUCUUGUGGAACUGUCGCUUUUUUUCAAUCUCGUUGAUGUUAUUACCUUUGUUGGUGUUGCAUUCGUGUCGAACCGGGAGAAUUUCCCUGUUCACGAGGGCAUGUUCGUUGUGUUCUUAUUCGCCUCGAGUUUGUACAUGCUGACUGUGUUGGCGAUACAUCGAAUCUGCAAGCGUGACAGUCUGCUCUCUCCCAGAAUGCAGCACUCGUAUGCCGUCAAACUGAUGUUCUUCAUUUUGACCAUGCUAUUUAUAGCGCUCCUUAUAUACCAUAUCUACUUUCAUCGGCAAGAAUGUCAUCCUAAUGCAUUCAGCUGGUUUUCUGCAACAGAGUACGGAAUCGCCAUCGCUAACAUGGGGUUUCACAUGACAGCUGCUUAUGACUUUCAGGAUCUGAUGCUGACCACGACGCUGAAGAAACCUUAUUCCGGAUGAAUUCUAACCAAUAACACCAAUUCUGUCGUUUUUCAUUCAUCCGCACUUUCUCUAGACCCCAAUGUUUAUGUACUUUGCAUAUCAUCCUGAAUUCCCCAUCUGGAUUCUGUUCUGAGGGAUUCCAUCAUUCGGCAGAUUGGCUUAUUUUGAUCAUUUUUCAUAGUCUUUGAUUGACCUCGCAACAGUAGUGUAAUUUUCUACAUGUGCUUGGCUUAGCAUUUACGCGGAUCGCUUGUUACAAAUUUUGACUCGUUCUUUUCUACUACGGGUUUUUCCAAUCCAUCCUGUGGAUGCACCGACAUGUGAUGUGACAUUCCAGUGUUUUUGACUAUGUGCUGGCACAUGUUUGUCUCCCUUAUUGAAUCAACUGAGCAACGCGUACAAAUAAUCCCCGUGACAAAUUUUCGAUCUGACAAUGUGCUGCUGUGAUUUCGCUUAUAGGUCUUACUGAGGGCCAGUCGACCCAAUUUCGCUGCUAUUGUGCCAUUUAUUUUAUUACUGCCACUUGAUUUUCACAGUCGAUUUCAUUCGCUUGCUGAGGUUGUUUAUAUUAUGUAUCUUGCUUAAAUUGUUUUGCUUUUUGGGAAUUCCCUUACCAAGAGUUUGCAGGAUUUUCUAGUAAUGGUCAUGUAUGACGAAAUAAAAUACUUCAUAUAGCUUUUUUUCUUGUUUGUUGAAUUGUUUGCCUGGAUUGGCUGUCUGACGACCGAAAUCAUGCUUGAUGUUCAUCUUUGUAAUCGUGUUGUGGUGGUUUCACACCGUACACAGCUUUGGUGUUUUUCAGCUUAUUUGAAUGAAACAGCCACGCUACGAGAAGAAAGUCGCCAUUGAAAAUGCUUGACGCGGAAUGUUCGCGCUGCAUUCGGUCCUUCAUCAUAAAAUCAAUACAUGCAAUAGUUCAGGCACGUAAUGGCGUCGUAUACAACACCAACUGCAUUUCGGCUGUUGGAGCACGGAACAAUCUGAUGGUAAACAUUGAAGAGGAUCCGGAAAUCGGUGCUACUAUAAAACAGACUCUGGAUGCAGCGUUUCCGGUGCAUGUGCACGACAUUCUCAGUCUCGAAAUCUCAACCGCUUGGCCGAACAACGGGCGUAUGGUGGUCGAGGUUUGGCAGUUCCACCUGGACACUGCGGACAGGCUUACUACGCCAACCAAUUCUGAUCCUUCGCUCCAGUCUUCCCCUACCAUCGAGCAAAAGCGUCCCGAUGGAGAUGGAGCGCAACAAUCGGAAGAAAUUCCCGUGGAAGAUUUGCGUCAGUCUCGGUUGUUUGAAAAACUGGGCACGUUGUUAAAGGCCAUAAUUGUUGCCACACGCCUGUUACCUGCCUAUCGACUCUCCCGCAACCAGGACCCAGCCAAAUAUCAAAUGUGCUAUACACUCCGUCGUGGUCCAACCAAUCUGUCAAGAUUAGGACCAGACGUUCGAACUCAACAAAUUGGGCGUCUGUUCUCCGGUCUAGCUAUGAGGUCACCACCAAAGUCUCCUGCAACACCAACCCCUCGAAUUCCGGGAACACAGACUGUGGUUACCGAUAAUCCUGAUGAUCCGGACAACUUGGAACGCGUCUUUCUGAGUUGCACAGUGUACUAUCGACCCACUUUCCCGCCCGGCCCAAGUUUGCCUGCAAAACAGUUGAGCCAUACUGUGACCAAAGGUGAGGCUCCACCCGGACUUCAUAAUAACUAUCGACAUGCAAGAGUUGGGGGCUACUUUACUGGCACUGAUGGAAAGCUUGUCAGCUGUGCCCCUUUGUCACACUCUCCCCGUGUCCGCCCAGCUUUCGCUGAGGAUGGCCCAGAGGAUCCUGCAGAUGAACGCGGUUAUCCCAGUCACUUAUUCUUCGAUCCGGAUUAUGAUGGUCCUCACCCUCAUGAUUUCAUGGACCCCAACUGGCCCGAUGUGGAUGACGAUGAAGAGGAUGACCCUCUGGAUCACCAUUCUAAUGAAUUGGACGGGAAUUCCGACGCAGGUGAGGAUACGGACAUGAGCGAAACAAUGUAUCCAAAAGAUCCGCCGAAGGAAGAGGAGCUAAACGGCGGGGAUGACUGCCAUGCAACAACGCCUGAGGAUGAGAGUCGGAAUGUCCCUUUGCAGCUACCGUUCAGUACAGUCGGUGUAAGUGGAGAGCACUGGACUCAACUGUUCGUUGAGCUGCGCCAGCGCACCAAUCUUGAUCUGUUCAAAGUGCCAUCUAGUGGGAACACACCGGUCACCGGUGGUAAUGCACAGGCCCAGUCUUCUUUGUUCGACGCGGAUGCUCUGACUGAGGAACUGGAACGACACGAGAAAAUUCUCAAAGAAUUCGAUGAAUUCCUAGCCAAAUUUUGCAGCAUCGAUUUUCCUCAACCACUCACGACAGCAAACGCGAAUCGACUAAGCAAGGAGCUGGCCUGACCGGCCCAUCUUUUGAUACCGGUUUGCUAGUCCUGUUAAUCAGUGGUCCAUCCAGUCUCUUCGCCAGAUUAUCACUGCUUCUAGUACUUGAUUUUCUCCACUCACUCAUAUUUUCAUCCGAUUGCUUUGGUUCGUGACGCAUUCAUAUCAUCUUUUGCCUUUUUUAUGGUUUUGCUUUCCAAUUUGUACAUAUGACCUCAUCCGAUCUGGUGAAUUAUUCCUGACGCAGACCGUUUUCAUGAAUGCAGUGGAGAGCAUUUUUUCUCCAUCCAAAAUAGCGGAGCUUUUCCAUUUUUCAUCACGUUUUGUUUACACAGUGACGUAACACCACGGAAUGGGA